AUGUUUAAAGGUUGGGGAACGUGGCUGGGCAUAGAGAACACUACGAAGACCGAGGAGUGCGAAGUAGCUGAAAUCGUACUUGUAGAAAAUGAGAAAAUUGUACAAGACCAAAAUGAAGUAAACAAACAACACGAAGAUCCUGCAGUAGAACUGGAGCAGGAGGAAGGAGAUACGGUCAACCUUAUCUCCCAGCAAGCUAAAGGAUUCGGUGGCUUAAUAUUCAACUUUGCCAGCAAUGCGACCAAGAAGAUCUCAAACUCUGUGGCAGAAACUGCACAGACCAUCAAGAAGAGUGUAGAGGAAGGCAACAUAGAUGGAAUUAUUGACAAGACGAUUUUGGGUGAUUUCAAAAAAGAACAGGACAAAUUUGUCCAAGAAAAGAAAGCCAAGAAAUCAGACACAGCUGUACCUCCAUGGGUCGGUUACAGCGAGGAAGAGACCAUGCAGCAACAGAUACUAGCUUUAUCUGCUGACAGGAGGAACUUCCUGAGAGACCCACCUGCAGGGGUCCAGUUUCACUUUGACACUGAGCAAAUGUACCCUGUAGCCAUGGUGAUGCUACAGGAAGAUGAGCUCCUCAACAGGAUGCGCUUUGACCUUGUGCCCAAACAGGUGAAGGAGGAUGUCUUCUGGAGGAACUACUUCUACCGCGUGUCCCUGAUCAAGCAGUCGGCUCAGCUCACUGCCUUGGCAGCACAGCAGCAGGCUGCAGAUAAAAGAGGGGAUGAGGAAGAGGUGAUCGGCCCGGAGGAUGUCAACCUCACAGAAAAUACCAUCCGACCAAAAACACCCCCAGUGUCGAUUAGUGACAUGCCAAAGAGUGGAGAGCUGCAGGAGGAAGAGGAGAUCUCUACCAGUCCUGGGGUCUCUGAGUUUGUGAGCGAUGCAUUUGACUCCUGUAACAUCAACCACGAAGACCUUAGGAAGGAGAUGGAACAGCUCGUGCUGGACAAGAAGGAGGAGGCCACGACUCCUGAAGAGGAGACAGCAGACUGGGAGAAGGAACUCCAAGCAGAGUUACAAGAGUACGAGGUGGUGACGGAGGCCGACAACAAAGAUGACAACUGGGAUAAGGAGAUUGAGGAGAUGCUUCAGUCGGACGACUAGAGAUGUUGGACCAUCUUCCUUCAGUCCUGUAUCUGAUAUGAGACCCCCAUGACAGAUCCGAAACCAUAACCACGCGUCUAGUCUAGAUCAUAGAAAAUAGACUGCUAUAGAUAUGCUGCAAGGGAACUGUUGCAUACAUUAUAGAAUGGACCAUAUAUCGGAUUAUUCCAAUCUAGUGGUGGCCAGGUGUUGAAAUACUGUAUACAUUGAUUAUUUCUGUUUCUCUCUGAUUGUACAGUAAAGGCAGGCUGGCAGUUUAGAUGUGAACGUUUAUGGGCAAGGAUACAAUUGACAUACUGCAUAUAGUUUUUUCUCUCUGUUGUACUGUUUUCUCGUUUGACAUACAUUGUAUUUAUCUUGGAUUUGGAUUUUCUUUUGCUAUCUGUAAGUGGUGUGUACAGCUAUGCAAAUAAUACUUGCUUCUGUGAUGCUAAAAAUGAUGUUCUAUGUUUUUCCCCUAAUACAUUUCCUGAAAUAAAAGUAAAGAUUUUUAUUCA